CGGGCGGUGUGCGGCAGUUCCGCACGUCGCCGCCUGCCAUGCUGCUGCCGGCAGUGCGGAGCGCGGCCCGCCGCCUCGGCAGGGAUCUGCCGCUGCCCUGCAGGGGCUGCAGCCGCGGUGCGGCCGGGAAGGGUCUUGUUCUGGGAAUCUACUCAAGUGAAAAGGAUGGAGGUGCUGCCCAGUUCACUAGUGCAGGAGAUGCUUUUGAUAGACUUGUGUCUGGAAGGCUGAGAGAACUUGUGUCUACAUGUGGACCACCUUUGAAGAAAGGAAAAACACGCAUAUACCAUGGUUUGCAUCAGGACUUUCCAAGUGUGGUUGUAGUUGGCUUGGGCAAGAAGAAUGCUGGAAUAAAUGACCAAGAAAACUGGAAUGAAGGCAAAGAAAACAUUCGUGCAGCUGUUGCAGUUGGCUGUAGACAGAUCCAAGAUCUGGAGAUCACUUGUGUUGAAGUAGACCCCUGUGGAGAUGCUCAAGCGGCUGCAGAAGGUGCUGUCCUUGGAUUGCAUGAAUAUAAUGAGCUGAAGCAAAAAAAGAAGCCUGUAGUUACUCCUCAGCUUCAUGGAAGUGCUGAAAGUGAAGCCUGGCAAAAAGGUGUUCUCUAUGCUGAGGGUCAGAACCUCGCUCGGUACCUUAUGGAGGCUCCAGCUAAUUACAUCACUCCAAUCAAAUUUGCUGAACAUAUUGAACAGAAGCUCAAAAGUUUCAGCAAUGUGAAGGUCCAUAUAAGACCAGAGUCUUGGAUAGUGACACAGCAGAUGGGAGCAUUCCUGAGUGUUGCUAAGGGCUCUGCUGAGCCUCCCAUCUUUCUGGAGAUUCACUAUUCAGGUGGUGCUAAUGCAAGUGACCCCCCGCUGGUGUUUGUAGGAAAAGGAGUUACAUUUGACAGUGGUGGCAUUUCCCUGAAGCCGUCAUCGGGUAUGGAUGCAAUGAGAGCAGAUAUGGGAGGGGCAGCGACUGUCUGCUCAGCCAUUGUGACAGCAGCAGCUUUAAAUCUCCCUCUUAACAUAAUUGGUUUGGCACCCCUCUGUGAAAAUAUGCCCAGUGGCAAGGCAAACAAGCCUGGGGAUGUAGUUAGAGCGAAGAAUGGGAAAACCAUACAGGUAGAUAACACAGAUGCAGAAGGAAGACUGCUGCUAGCUGAUGCUCUCUGUUAUGCCCACAGUUUUAAUGCAAGGGCUAUUGUGAAUGCUGCAACACUAACAGGUGCCAUGGAUGUUGCACUGGGGUCUGCUGCAACUGGAGUGUUCACAAACUCAUCUUGGCUUUGGAAUCACCUUUAUGAGGCCAGCGUCGUGACGGGAGACAGAGUUUGGAGAAUGCCUCUUUUUCAGCACUACACAAAACAAGUAACAGACUCUCCUCUUGCAGAUCUGAGUAACAUUGGCAAGUACAGCAGAGCUGGAGGAGCGUGUACAGCUGCUGCAUUCCUGAAGGAAUUCGUGACUGCCUCCCACUGGGCUCAUCUAGACAUAGCUGGUGUGAUGUCAAAUAAAGAUGAGGUGCCCUACCUUCGAAAAGGCAUGGCAGGACGGCCUACCAGAACACUGGUGGAAUUUGCAGCUCGACUGUGCCAAGAGAGUCACAAUUCCACAUAAAAUACUUAUUCUAAAUCAUCCACUCUGCCUUAAGAAAAAUAUCUGGAAAAGUCUUAGAAUACUUUCAUUAUGGCAACAAACUACAAAUGCAUUUUAUAAACCAUUACUUGAGUAAGAGUAUCUCACCUUUGAGAUUUUGUCAUCUCCUAUUCUGCAGCUUAAAAUAUAGUUUGAACUAUUGAGAUAUUUAAUAUCAAAACACAAUGAUGGAAAGCAUCUGCCCUCCUAUUUUAUAUGAGACAUGCAUAAUUACUGCAAACAAUAAAUCUUUUACUUGGGUGUGUGUUUUGAUUGAGAGGAUUAAUGAUGGUGAUCAUAGCUGUGCCUUGGUCUGGGGUGAAACACAGGUACUGUGGAUGGUAACUCUGCAAAGUGGUUUAUAAAAAUGUUGUAGCAUUUUAACCUACUAAAA